CUGGUUGUGUUCCGCUUACACACAACAGGGCACCCGGAAGACAACAAAAAUACAGUUUAUUUUCUUAAAUUAAUCAUUUUAUUGAUUGCUUUAUCAGAUUUGAUUAGCAUUCCUUUAAAUAAAUAGUCGUAACGUUGUUAAUGUGAGCAUACAAUUAUGGGUACCCAAGUUACUUAAAGUGGAGCCAUUUGUUUUUACUUGAAAACUUACCUUUGUGACAAGUUCCACACUCGUCACUGCCAAGAUUAGAGGAGUUGCACUACCAUUUCACUGUGUGCUCUGCCCAUUGAGAAGUAACCUAACCUAGUAUUUCUGUUUGACACUUCACUGUCGCCACUGUAAAAUAUGUGCACCUUCGUACAGGUAUUUAUAUCACAGAGUUGAAAGUCUUGAAAAAUCAAGAAAAAAAUGAAGAUCUCCAAAUUUAAACAUUUUGAGUGCUUUCUUUUGCUUUUUAUAACCUUGUGGAUGCCUGUUAUGGGUCAGAUUACCCCACCUCCUCCAAUUGGAGACAGGCCUGUAAUAUCCGAUAACAGAAUUUGGUACCUCAAUCACAUACCUAAACGGUGCCAACCACCCAUCAUCGACAGGUUUAAUGGUGGGGGUGUUAUAGUUGACAACAGGGCCCUCGUCAAGAAGGACAACCCACACAUCAUUAGAGGAAAUAUUGAGAUAGCACCAUCUGGUUGUCUGUACAUCGAGCCAGGGUGUAUUUUGAAGUUUGCUCCAGGCAUGGGAAUGAUAGUCAAUGGCACUCUGAUUGCUAGGGGCAGCACAGAUCCAGGUGGGCGAAUUGUCAUGACCAAGGCUGAAGGGCAGGAUCUUGGACGCCCCAGUGGUAACUGGCAAGAUGAUGCUAGGUUAACUAUGGGCAACACCACGAAAGAUGGCCGCUUGGAAUUAAAGUUUAAAUACAAAUGGAGGGCCAUUUGCACUAAUUAUAACAACUUCACUCUCAUAGACGCCAAUGUGACCUGCCGGCAUUUAGGUUUUCUAAAAGGUAACUUUACCUAUCAUUCGUUUGCACGGAACUUAACCGACUACAUUCUUUGGGAAAAGCCUGAUUGCAAGGGAGAUGAAAACAGCUUGUUUGAUUGCCCGGGUGCUGUGCAGAUGCAGAUUGGUAGACAUAUUUGUGAUGGCCAGGAAGUUGUUGGAUUUGAAUGUGAAGGUUUGAGACCAGGUUUGGCCUUGGAUCACUGGAGAAGUAUUGAUUUUUACAAUUCCAGUACAGAGGCAAAAUAUCAGAUUCUAAACAAUAACCGAGUUUACAUGAAUGAAUCUUUAUCAUUCCUGGAGUACUUGGACAUCAGCUACACUGGGCUAGAUACCUACCAUGGCAAGACAUCUGAGCCCAACAUCUUUUACCAGAAGGCUGCCAUCUCUGCCAGCCCCCAUGUGCCCAUGAUGAACAAUGUCACUGUUUUAUAUGGAGCUUAUGAUGCGUUGAACUUCACAGAAAUCGUUGGACCUAUUCACAUAGCUAACUCAACAUUUGCUUAUAAUAGAGGUUAUGGUAUGUUCAUACAGUCAUCAGUUGGCAGGACUUUGGUCAAUAUGACAGAGGUGCAUCACAACUGGGGAGAUGGGAUCAAAUUCUAUGUCAGCAACCUGACCAUUUUUGACUUUCGGAGAAAGUUUCCACCUGAGAGUUCAAUGUGUGCACAGGCCAACACUGAAGGGGCAAGCUACCCGUUUUAUCAGUACAUGGACCUUGUUCAGAUCAAUGGUGAUCAGCUGACCAUGGUCUCUGUUGGUGGAUCCUGUGAUAGGAUGUAUUACACAUCUGAAAACAUGAAAAUUGGAGUCCAUUUCAUGAUUAUGGAACGAGAUCCAGAAGCCAAUGGAACUUUAAUAUUUCAAGAUGGUGGAUUUCUAGCACCAGAGAUCAGAUUUCCUAUUAACAAUGGCUCUUUCCCAGAGUCCUAUACUACAAAGAACAAUCGCUUAUAUGUCAAAUUUGUAUACUCAAUACCUCGAAAUAGAGUGUGCAAAGUGCUUCCAUCCUGCAUACGAUUUUUAUUGGAAUUUACUUCAAAUUAUGAUGUUGAGGAAGAUUUUAGGUUGAUAAUGUCCAAUGUCCACGACAACAUCGGCUAUGGUGUCAACAUACAAGACAUGCGCAGCAAAAUUCGAGUCAGCAAUGAGACAGUGAUUUCCAACAACCAGUUUGGGGCUGGGAUUCACGUGUACAAAGGUGCCGGAGAAAUUGUCAUUAACGGGACGCGCAUUGAAAACAACAUGGACGCCGGUAUAAACAUAACCUACUCCGGCGGUUAUCAGCUGAUCAAUAACACGCAGUUAAUCAGUAACAAGGGAUACGGGAUCAUCACAGAGUAUAUGAGGCUAAACCGUACGCGUAUAGAGUCCCGAAACAAAGUGGAGGUUGUCCGAGCAACUUUUAUGUGGAAUGAGUUUAUUGGAUACCGAAUGGGGAACUACUGUUUGGGAGGAGACUUCCUUGUCAAUGAGAGCUACUUUGCUUACAAUUACGACGACGCUAUAGAAUAUUUAUCAUGCAAUAUAAGUACAAUGUACAAGACAAAGCUUAGAAUAGCUUUUAACCGGUUUAAUGAUAACUUCAGGCAUGCAAUUCUCAUGCGACCUUUGCUCAACACAGAAGGCAUAAUUACCAACAAUACCUUUUCCAAUCACACCUUGGCCACUUUUAGAAUAGACAACGGCUUUGACCUGUUGCUCAGCAGGUGGUAUCGUGACUUUCCUGUUAAUUUAAAUAUCUUCGAGAACGAAUUUUCCGACAACUCUGGGCGGUAUGUGGUUAGCCUUCGUUUGACUCAGUACAGCGCUCCACAAAAUAUCGACUGCAAAUUCAACUAUUUUAUCAGGAAUGAAAUCAAUAACUCAUUCAUGUAUGUCAACCCUAGAAGCCGGGCCAAUGCGGUUAUAGUCGUGUCGUCCAGCAAUGUUAAACUGAUGCGCAAUCACAUCAACAACCCGGAUUCUGUGAGAGAAAUCGCCACCCACCUAACAGAUCCAUCCAUCAAAUUGAAUGCCAAGGAAAACUAUUGGGGGACAGAAAUAAACAAGCAGUCUGACUAUGAGAAAGUUUACAAUUCUAUUUUUGAUCAAGAUGAUCGCUACAAUCUAGCCCAAAUUGAAUAUCACCCAGCACUGCGAACCCUUCGCCUGUAUGAUGACUACCUCUCCACUGAUAUACCUCAGUAUGUCUGGAGUUUCCAAAGAGGGAAUGUUAUUGGUGGGGUUUUAGAAAUGUCUACCUUUGUUGUAGGAGCUGGAAAAACCUAUUAUGUUGAUAAAGAUAUAUACGUUUUCAAAGAUAAGACACUAUUGCUUGAGCCAAAUAGCAAGCUGAAGUUUGCCACAUCUAUCGGCAUCGUGGUGCAUGGAUUACUGACAGCUGAUGGAAUAAACUUGGGGUCGCCUGUCAUUCUGGAUGUGGAUGAUCAAGAGGAGUUUGUCCCAAUGGAAAAUCGUACGGCCAGCAUACGUCUGGUUGAUGGACGAGAUGAGUUUGAGGGCAGGCUGGAGGUUGAGAUCAAUGGCCAGUGGGGAACAGUGUGCUGGGAUGGUUGGAUAGAAGAAAAUUCCAUGCUGGCCUGCCUGCAACUGGGACUUGCAUUCAACCGUGAAUACCCGACCGCCCGUGACCAGAAGCGGGCACCUGACGGCACACCUGUUCUCAUGAGCUGGGUGUCCUGUGAUGAGGUGGACACGGAUUUUACCAAAUGCCGUGCAGUAAAUGCAGAUGCACACACUUGCAGUCAUGAUAAAGAUGUCUACUUGCGAUGCUUUCGACCAACAUGGGCAGGUGUAACAUUAGCAGCAGCUUACAGGCACGAUCAAAACAAACCAAUGCAAGUCGAGUCUCAGAUUAGACAUGUCAAGAUUUUCAAUGGUGGGCUGCUUGACCCUGACACGUCACAGUUGACCCCAGCUCUCCGCAUAGAUUACAACUACUACCAGAUUUCCUACCUGACAGUGCAGAACUCCAUGUCUGAUGGCGUCUCCUUCUCAUACAACCAUCCUUUUGCCUUGAACAAAAUGGAGUAUUUCACUCUCCUCAAUAAUGCCGGGAAUGGUCUGGUUACCAAAUCACCAAAACUCGAUCUGAUGCACUCAAAGAUUGAAAAUAACCUAAAGGCCGGAUUCAUGUACGAUCCAUUCUUCUCUGAGUACGAUGCUCUUCUCGUAAGGAACAUGAUCUACCCUGAUAGGAGGAUUAGCAUGUUUGGCAUGCCGACCAGGACUCUGGUUCAGGAACAGAUCAUGUUUUUAAUUUGUGAUGCUGGCAGCGUAGUGGAGAGGAAAACAAUGACAGUAGAGCUGAGGGGUAGCUCUCCAUCUAACAAGCUUGCACUUCAGGUUCUGGAUUACCUCCCUGUUGAGUCAGCAGAAAAAGUUACAGUUUUUGACUCAGGUGUCAACAUGAUCUCCUCAAGCAACAUAAAGAGAUGGGAGUUAGAGAAGGACCUGGUUGACUUUCCCAUCCUGUCCAGCUCCAAUAUCCUCACCAUCCAGCUUCAGCUCACUGGCCAGCUCUCUGGCCGGCUGGCGUUUGCUGUUAUUUGUCGCCAGUUUGACACACUACCUCCUCAGCUUAGAACAGCGGUUACCAACACAUCGUUUACAGGCAAUAAUCAAGGGAUUGUGACAAAACAUUACAACAACCCUUCCAAUCGCAGGCUGGAGAUUUUUCACAGACACGUUGAGGAGGAGCUGUACUUCAAGGAUCUAAAAGUGUUGAACAGUGUACGCCAUGCCAUGCACAUGCCUAGUGUUACAAAAUUUACAGAUGACUACAUACCCUCAUAUGAAGAUAUGACACGGCCAGAGCGUAUUGCCAGAAUAACAUACACAGUGUUCCAGUCCAUUUUCACGGAUAAUGCUUACGGCAUAUUAGCUGAACACAAUCAUGUUGACUUUGCUAACAACGUCUGGCUGUGGAAUAUUGAUCACGUGACACUGCAAGGCUCUAAGCAAGGAGGGCUAGAGAUCGAGGUACCCCGGGUGAAUGAUUUAUCCGAAGGCAAGGCGCACGCUGUCAGUAUAGUGGACUCUGUUUUUCAGAACAACCUCAACUUUGCUUGUACCAUUGCUGGUUAUUAUGCCAAUGUUCAAGUGCAGAGAAAUAAGUUCAUGAACAACAAAUGCCUGCUGGGGUUGGUCUCCAUCACUGGGAUGGAGAAGAACUUAACUGUCAGCAGUAACUUGAUCACAGGCAACAUCGGCCGUUACAUGAUUGACAUCGACAUAAGCAGUCACUCCGAGAACGCCACGUCUUUUAAAGGACAGAUGAAUCUCAACCGAAUUACUGGCAACCGUUACGAAGGCAUUGAGCCUCCAGGUGCGGCAAUCAGCCCUAAGAAAUACGCUGUUGCCAUAAAGGGGCUGCAGGAUAUGAGCGGCAGUUACAACGUAUUCAACAACCCAGACCUCAGCUUUGAGUUUGUGGCAGGCAUCACGGCGCUCACGUUAGGCAAUGAGAUGGAUCUGACGCUCAAUUACUGGGGGGUCACCGACCAGCCAAGCAUCAGAAAAAGAAUUUUCGACUUUGACGAUUGGAAUAAUUACGUCAUUGCGAAAUAUUUCCCUUACCUUACAAGGGAUGACCCUAACUCUGUACCUUCGACUGGAGCAGUAGAGGAAAUUCACUUGGAUCCAAACCAACUUGGAGGUAGAGUGGAAAAGUCUCAAAUUCUGAUGGAGAUUGGCAGGCCGUAUAUAGUCAAAUCUGAUCUAACUGUCAUGCCUGGGAUCACCCUCACCAUCCCACCUGGGACAGACCUGCAAUUUUUUCCUAACGUCGGUAUCCUCGUUCUGGGUCGACUAGACGCCAAGGGCCUCCCGUUCGCAAGGAUAAAGAUGAGACCAUUGCAGCCAGAAUACAAUUACCUUCUAACUGGUCGCAAGAAGAGAGAUCUGACCAGCCAUGAAAGAGAAAAAGAACUAACUGCUGCAGGUGAUUUGGAGAGGCAUGACAGAGAGAAACGGCAAGCUGCUACAGCUAAUAUUCGCCUGCGGGGAGAUGGAACUUUGUUUAAAAAUGCAGGAUUUUUAGAACUCUAUAAUGCUUCGUCAAAAACAUGGAACAUGAUGUGCGAUAGCCAGUUUCAUGAAAAAACCGCAGAGGUCGUGUGCAGGGAGUUGGGGAAAGAGACAAUUAACGUCAAAGUUCGAUUUACCUACCUCUAUGAUUACUACAUCUAUGGCAAGCCAAUGUACAUGAGGAAGGAGUUUUGGUAUAACACAUACAACUGUGGUGGGGAUGAAACCUCCUUGAGCCAGUGUGUGACCAGGUACAACUAUAACCUACUGCCUUGUAUUUAUGCCGCGAAUUACACCUUCAUCACAUGCGGGGACAGAAACCUGGAAUCUGGCUUGAAUUAUUGGGGUAAUGUCAGGUUCGCUAAAGAUUCAUUUGAAGAACAGCCACUGCAGGCGGAUAUUGGGAUUGACCGCUCGUACAUGACGUAUGUGGAUAUUGAAGGCGCAGGCAUGCUGCAUGGGGAGAAAGUUGGUGCCAUUCAGACGACGUACACAACGCCAAUCUUUGAAAACAUCAACAUUACAAAGUGCGCGGAGAAUGGUUAUGACAUCAUCGCACCUCGGCAGGACCUCAACAUCCAGCGGCAAAAUAUUUCUGGAAAUCUGGGAUUCGGGAUAAAUGCCCUUAUCCUCAAUGGAGAGUCCAGUGAUAGACGAUCUUCUUUCCUUCCAAAUGGACCAAGUACUAUACCAUACAAUGUGUACGGUCUUGUAGAUAUUUGUAGGAUGGAGAAAGAGAUAUUCCUGGAAACAAGAAUGAUUCUCUUUUACAAAUAUGGCCCUUUGAUGAGAGAUUGUGUCAAAGUUAUUCGAACACGAAGGUUUGUUGGACUCAGGUUCCUGCAGAUCAACCUCUUCCAAGAGGAUUUCAAUCGUAACAUGGUGGAGAUCUUUGAUGGCCAGACUGUGGAUAACAACAGGCUAGGCAGGCUGGUUGCCAACAGCAGCUCAGCAGAAAUUCAGCAACUGUACCAGACGACAGGAGACACCAUGGCCGUACACGUCCACGCUUCUAUCAGCUUUGGGUCCUAUGGUUUUAUCGCAGAGGUGGUCAAGCUUCCUGUAGCUGGUCUAACUUAUCCUAAUAGUGAAUUCAAUCACAGACUGUAUCAAGCUGAAAUUAGAAAGAAUGAAGAUGGAGCAAUUCAGUACAAAAACAUAGGGGAGACAACUCCAAACGUUUUUAUAGAACACUGCUACAUCAGUGAGAACGGAUUCCCCAUCUUAAAUCUUACAUCCCCUCCCACCAUAGACAUUUCCCUGCAGAGUACCAUCAGUUUUAGAUUCUCUCAUAACCAGGUCGCUUACAACUAUGGAGGCAUGUACCUGUUUGCUCACACCACAACCAUCAACACAGCCCUCAAAGGAAACAUCACCAACAAUGUUUUUGCCUUUGGGAAAAACGGAGAGGCCCUGAACAUUUCUGGUCACUACUUCCAGAGGCUGAUGUUUCACCAGAACUACAUCUACAACUACACAGCAGGUGACUACAGAGAUAUCUUCCAUGUAAAGAAUGUUGUUGUCAAUCUGACUCAUAACUACAUGUUACGUAAUCUCGGACAUUAUAUUCUGCAUAUAUACAACAAUGAUGACAGUGCCGAGCCUCAGCUGUAUUCCCGCAAUGGAAUCUACAACAACAAUUCUACUGCACUGAGGGAGAGCACUAUCAAAAUUGGACAGGGCAGGCCAAAGUUCAUUAAUAACUUCUUGGUCAAUGAUCUCAAUGAUUUUGAGAUGGAGACUUAUCCUAAACCUCUGCAAGAUGCUGGGAACAUUGAUGCCAAAACAAACUGGUGGGGAUCUGAGCGCCGGGCAUAUAUCAAUGGCAAGACCUACGAUGCCAGUGAUGAUGCCAGAUUGGUUGAAGUUGAUUUCUGGCCACCCAUUCUUGACAACCGGUCUUUGGUUGAAGGUAAUUGUUUACCGGGGUGGGUGUUGGAUUCUAAUCGCUGUUAUCGGUACAUGGGAGGAGCUUUGCCCUACCAGAAAGCUAAAGAGUUCUGUCUGCUGCAUGGAGCUUAUUUAGCUGAGGCAAAAGACAGAGAAGGAUUUUUUAAUUACUUACUGAGGUUGAUGGUGAUUGACAUGAACUGGGCUCAACGGGUCUGGGUCAUGUCUGAGACUGGUAAUGGACGCUGCGCAUCCUUUGAGCAGAACUACAUAGUCUAUGAGCAGGAUUGUGCACGUCUUUACUACCCCUUUAUCUGUGAAACUGAUCCUUUAAUAGCUGCACCUGCACAGCUGACUGAAGCCAUUCAAGCAAUGAUCAUUGGAAUAUGUGUUGGUGUUGGUGGCGUCAUCAUCCUUAUCAUCAUCAUCGUUGCUAUCCUUUGGUGCCUGAAAUCAAAACGCAGGGAGAAAGAACGAUUUGAAAGAACAGCAUCAAUUCGAUCAUCAAUUAAUAACCUCAAUAAAAUCAACAGCUCGCUUCGAGGAACAAAAUCAACCUUGACCAUCCUGUCAGAUGUUGCAUCUAGGAGACGUAUGAAUGAGUUUGAUGAGAGGUCUGUUGUUUCUUCAGUAGCUAAACCAUCUCAAGGUUCAGAAUUUAGCAGUGAAGUUGCUGAAAGCGUCCACAGUGAACAGUCUGAGUAUGAAAUAGCCCCCCGUGUUUUGCCUGCCACGUUGCCCAAAGAUCAGGGAAGACCCGUGCCCAGAGAUCAGGGCAGACCCAUGCCCAAAGACCAGGGCAGGCCAGUUCACAGUCUGCGGCCCAACAGAGCUGGUGCUAGUCCCAGACCGGCGAACACUUCCAGAGAUGUAGCCAGGGUUAACCCAAGACUGGAACAGGAUAGAGAGAGAGAACGAAAGAGAAUGGAGCAGGAGAGAAGAAACAUGAAAAAGGAGGAAGAAAGCUCUGAUGAAUCAGUUGAGAAAGAAGACUUUGACUCGGACAGCACUUUUGAUGAAGAUGAGGAUGAAAAUGAAAAACAGGUGUAUAAAAACACGAGGGUGACGAAAUCUCAGGAGCAGCUGUAUCAUAAACAGGCGACGCCAGUUAAGUCUGGUCUGCACCGAGCUGCGUCAGAAGAGAGUGACAGCACCCAGAACUCCACAAGCAGCAAGUCAGUGUCCAGCUUCACUGACCCUAUAAUGGCACCAAGUAAAGACAUCUUCCCGCCACGAAGUGCAUCCAAAGACCCCCUUCCUAACACUUUUAGUAAAAGAUCUGUAGAGCAGCUGGAUAAAAAGAGUUUACCAUUGCCAGCGCCUCGACCCAAACCAGCGCCACCUCUUAGACCAGCGAAGGAUGAAAUCAGGCAGCCGCUGGUUCCAGCAACUGGGCGCUGGUCUCCGGCUUCUUCUGAAACUUCUCAAGGAUCUCACUCAACCUCACACAGCGUUAUCCCCAACAGGCUGUACACCAAUGAACCAGGUCCGCAGGUACCAGUAUACGACCCAGUCUACACCGGUGCACCACACAAUUAUAAAAACACCCCUGGUUCUGCCGUCAGCUCUAACCGCACCCCACUGUACGAUCCUGUUUACGAAGGUUCUAAUUCUGGAGAAAGCAGAUCAACAGGCAGGUACGAGCCCAUCGACUACACCCCCGCUAGGAGAGACUACGGCGUCUCACAGGAACCUGACACCGAUUACAUGCCCAGACCCAUGGGUAAAGCUGCACUUAACAGCAGCAGGGACCGUCUGGCUGGACCGCCAACCCCUAGCAAACCAACAACCUUCAGGGGUCCACUUGUCUCAGACAUUGACAGCUACACACCUUCCCAUCAUUCCAAUGUAGAUUACAUGCCGAGGGCGCCGCUCACGCCCUCUACGCCAUCAGACAGAUCAUACCAGAACACAAACAUGAGAGGCAGCAGGGAUCAGCUGGACACGAUGUCCAGACCACCCACGUACAAAGAAGCGAUGAAUCCUCAAUCCAGAUCUCAAAGUAGAGACCGGCUCAAUUAUUCAAACGUCCCCUCUGCUCAAAGUUCAAGGGGAAGUAGGGACCACCUCGACAGACCUGACGUGAUGUACCUUCAGCAACAAGGGGGAAACAGACAUAAAGAGUCGGUGGAAACAGAAAUAUAAACUGAUACAAUGAACGAAAAUCCAAAAACUUUUUUUGUACAUUUUCCCAUUGAUGCCCUUUAACAAAUGGGGCUGUCACAGAGUUUUUUCCAUUCAGCCAGGCGUGUGUACAUAGCCAUCACAGAAAUGAAUGCCAUUGAUUACCUGUGUGUUAGAUUGUGUUAAAAACAUACUACUGUUUACUUGUGCCUUCUCUUCCUUUGUUCUCUUCAUAAGAAGGCAGUUCUUGUUGUUUGUUCUUUACUUUACUAGAUUAUAUAUAAACUAUACAUUCCAUUUUUCUUAGAAGGCUAUAUAAGAACUUCAUGUAUGGUAAUGUACAAUAAUACAAUAAUUUACAUAUUAUAAUUCAAUAAUAAAUGUUAAUAGUUUAAAUAAUCUUUGAUAUAAUUUUUAUAUGUAUACAUUUUAUCCAGAUGUUUCAUAAUACUGUACCAUUUAAUUAGCAUAGAUAAUAAGAAGUUAAUCAUAUUACUUUUUUUUUAAAUUUUGGGAUCAUGUUAGUUUUAUCAAAAGUGUACAAAUGUUAACAGUAAUAAGAGAUAUUAAUGGUUAGCAUUUUUAAACAAAUGUGUUUUUUUUAAACCGAAGCAAAAACUCUUUAAUAAAAAAAGUUUCAGCUAGUUUACUGCAUAGUAUGAUGUUGUGUGUAGUUUUAAGCUUUUUAUUUGCUAAACAGUCUCAAAGCCAUAAUCCCAAUGCAGUAUUUUAAAAUCUGUAACUGAAUUAUAGUUUAGUAAGAAUAAUAAAAAAAAAAUACUCUACAGAAAAGUAUUUUGUUUUUUAGAUUGUUUUUCCAAAAGGUCUUAAGUCCACAUUUUACAAAAAAUAUAUUUUCACUGUUUUUCAAAAAAAUCAAACUUGAUCACUGUACACAAAAAGACAAUUUGUAAAAUUUAAAAUCUUAACCUUUAAAUUUUCAUUUAAAUUAAGUUACAAAACAAGUCUUUUGUCUGUUAGAAAAAGUGUUCAACAAUUGCAAAGACUUGAAUUUUUGUAACGGUUAGUAACAUUCUUCUUGAUUUAUUAAUGCAGUAAUGUUUCAGUUGAGCUACUUCAAUUUAUGAUCUGUACAUUGCAUGAUAAUUUUCAUUUGUAUUCUUUGCCUUAAUGCUGAAGAGCACUAAAGUAUUGUGUCUAGCUUAAUAUUUAAAAAAUAUUUUAACAUGUAAAUAUUUUAAUUAAUAAUUUGCUUUUUGAUGUAACUUUAAACUAAUAUAAUAUGUUGAUCACAUAAAUGAUUAUAAAUGUAAAUAUAAAACUUUGUUAAAAAUAUUUGUAAGUGCUUUAUCAUUUUCAUUUUGCCUAUAAUAGCCAGACCCAGUUUUUUUUUCAGAGUUAUUAGCCACUGGCAAAGUUUGCUAACUUUGGUUUAAAGUACAAACUUAUGUUCUUGCCACUGUCAUGUUUGUAUAUACACUGAAUCAAACAAUUGGCUCAAGCCCCAUUCAUUAUUGAUAGUGACACAUAAUGUUGUUAAUCUUUACAUAACAACAUAUUGUUCAGCAGCUACUUAGACUCUGUGCAGAGAUAGUCAACCAAUUGACAUUCAAAGUCUGAGCAAUAUUUUUUUAACUCCCAACAAAGUUGUUAAUAAUACUAUUUUUAAACAACCUGCAUUCCCUUUGAUAUAUUGCUCUAUAGCAAUAUAACACAAUAUGGCUUUCAGAGAUAAUUUUUUGAUUAGGGUUCUAGACUACACCAUCAUAAUAAAGGUUGUGCUGAUCUUCAACUGUUAAAUAAUUUUUAAAAAUCCAUAUUUUUAUAUGAUCACUAAACAGUUAACUUUUUAGCAUACUGGUGUUUCUUUCUUUGUAGGUACUUUGAUUGUUAGUAAAUCAUUGUAUGAUUUAACUAAGAGCUGUAAAACAAGAAAGAUAUAUUUAAAUGAUUAUUUUGUUAAAUUAUAUAGAUUUUAAACUACUUUAUUGUCAUCAUAAAUUAUUUACUCCUUACUGUAAUAUUUUUUAUAAAAAGAUACAUUUUAUAUAGUGGUUUAUCUGUAUUUUGAAACAAAUGCAGAGCGAUUGUUAGUAGCUAAUUUUAUUUUGUACAGUUGACCUCUGUCAUUAAACUCGCAAAAAUUCUAUUUAUGGCCUGGUAUUUCUGAUAGUUACAAGAUUUUGAACUUCAAACAUUCCAUUUUAAUUUCACUAGUGUAAGCCUUGUAAAAUGAAUUUACAUUCCUGUAUACAGUAUAUUUACAUUCCACACUUUAUAAUGUGACAUUUGUAUUUUUUUUUUAAACUUUACAAAUAGCAAUACGUUUAUAUUUUCACUCAACAUUAUUGCUGCUAGUAGAGUGAAUAAAUACAUGAUUUCUUAGAACCCACAGAGUGAAUGUUGAGUGUGAUGUGUGAAACUGUAUGUUGCCUUUGCUUUUUGUUAGUGCUAUUGACUGGGUAUUGACAGGGUAUCCAUUGUUUACCUAGCUGACACAUUAAUUUUACUACCAUGCUUAAUUAUUUAAUUUUGACUUUAAGUUUAAAAUUAAAAAAAAAAUUUUUAAAUUAUAUUUUAAUUAAUGAACCAAACCCUAUUUCAAGCAUGAAGAGCAUUAUCCCACUAUGGUUGAUUAGUUUGCAAAUUCCCUGCCCCCACUCCCCCAUUUAAAAAAGGCCUAAAAUGAAAUUAAUGUUCCCUUAAGUUUUCUUUUCAAAAGCUGUAUUAGUUUUAGUCAUGUCAUCACUAUUCAUGGAUCUGAAUCUGUUGAAUAAUGUGUUCUAAAUUUGAUAGUUUAUAUUUCUAAAAUGUUCAUUUUUGUCAGUUUUUUAAUGGAUUAAAAUCAUUAUACACCUUUUUUCAAAGUGUGCUUUAAUCUUUAAGUAAGAGAUGAACUCUACUUCACCUGCCCCAUGUGUCUUGGGUACAAACGGGAAAAGAUGAUGAUGCGUCGUUGAUUAAAUUUAACAAACUAGACUUACAUUAUGUUUCACAUUGAUAUUGUGUGGAUUAUUAACGAUCAUCAUUCCUAGACCCACAAUCAUCAUUUCUGGACUGUUUGUGAAACAAUUAAGUGCAAACACACCUCUUCACCAGACUCAGUUUUAUGGGAUUCCCCUAAGCUGGGUCCCAUGACAUUUGAGCUGCUUGCUGUCAUCUGUUGUUUUUUUCUCUCUCUUUGUUUCCACCCA